AUGUCCCGUGGGGUGAUAUUUCAUGAAAGAAGAAAUGUCACCGCUUCGUCCACCUCCACAAGCAUGGGGCGUCCCCCUUCUCCCCAUUCUCCCGCAUUCCAUCACCCCGCCCUAUUCUCCCGCUUUCCAUCACCCCGCCUCAUUCUCCCUCUUCCCAUUACCCGCCCCAUUCUCCCGCUUUCCAUCAUCCCGCCCCAUUCUCCCGCUUUCCACCACCCCGCCCCAUUCUCCCGAUUUCCAUCACCCCGCCCCUCUCCCGCUUUCCAUCACUCCGCCCCAUUCUCCCGGUUUUCAUCACCCCGCUCCAUUCUCCCGCUUUCCAUCACCCCGCCCAAUUAUCCUUCUUUCCAUCACCCCGCCCCAUUCUCCCUCUUUCCAUCACCCCGCCCCAUUCUCCCGCUUUCCAUCACCCGCCCCAUUUUCCCGAUUUCCAUCACCCCGCCCAAUUCUCCCGCUUUCCAUCACCCCGCCCCAUUCUCCCGCUUUCCAUCACCCCGCCCCAUUCUCCCGCUUUCCAUCACCCCGCCCCAUUCUCCCGCUUUCCAUCACCCCGCCCCAUUCUCCCGCUUUCCAUCACCCAGCCCCAUUCUCCCGCUUUCCAUCACCCCUCCCCAUUCUCCCGCUUUCCAUCACCCCGCCCCAUUCUCCCUCUUUCCAUCACCCCGCCCCAUUCUACCGCAUUCCUUCACCCCGCCCCAUUUUCCCUCGUUCCAUCACCCCGCUCCAUUCUCCCGCUUUCCAUCACCCCGCCCAGUUCUCCCUCUUUCCAUCACCCCUCCCCAUUGUCCCUCUUUCCAUCACCCAACCCCAUUCUCCCGCUUUCCAUCACCCCGCCCCAUUCUCCCUCUUUCCACCACCCCGCCCCAUUCUCCCUCUUUCCAUCACCCCGCCCCAUUCUCCCGCUUUCCAUCACCCCGCCCCAUUCUCCCUCUUUCCAUCACCCCGCCCAAUUCUCCCUCUUUCCAUCACCCCUCCUCAUUCUCCCUCUUUCCAUCACCCCGCCCCAUUUUCCCGCUUUCCACCACCCCGCUCCAUUCUCCCGCUUUCCAUCACCCCGCCCAAUUCUCCCGCUUUCCAUCACCACGCCCCAUUUUCCCUCUUUCCAUCCACCCGUCCCAUUCUCCCGCUUUCCAUCACCCCGCCCCAUUCUCCCGCUUUCCAUCACCCCGCUCCAUUCUCCCGCUUUCCAUCACCCCCCCAAUUCUCCCUCUUUAUAUCACCCCUCUCCAUUCUCCCUCUUUCCAUCACCCUGCCCCAUUCUCCCGCUUUCCAUCACCCCGCCCCAUUCUCCCUCUUUCCAUCACCCCGCCCCAUACUCCCUCUUUCCAUCACCCCGCCCCAUUUUCCCGCUUUCCAUCACCCCGCCCCAUUCUCCCGCUUUCCAUCACCCCGCCCCAUUCUCCCGCUUUCCAUCACCCCGCUCCAUUCUCCCGCUUUCCAUCACCCCGCCCAAUUUCCCCUCUUUCCAUCACCCCUCCCCAUUCUCCCUCUUUCCAUCAACCCGCCCCAUUCUCCCGCUUUCCAUCACCCCGCCCCAUUCUCCCUCUUUCCAUCACCCCGCCCCAUUCUCUCGCUUUCCAUUACCCCGCCCCAUUCACCCUCUUUCCAUCACCCCGCCCCAUUCUCCCGCUUUCCAUCACCCGCCCCAUUCUCCCUCAAUCCAUCACCCCGCCCCAUUCUCCCGCCUUCCAUCACCCCGCCCCAUUCUCCCGCUUUCCAUCACCCCGCCCCAUUCUCCCGCUUUCCAUCACCCCACCCCAUUCUCUCAAUUUGCAUCACCCCGCCCCAUUCUCCCGCCUUCCAUCACCCCGCCCCAUUCUCCCUCUUUCCAUCACCUCGCCCCAUUCUCCCGCUUUCCAUCACCCCGCCCCAUUCUCCCUCUUUCUAUCACCCCGCCCCAUUCUCCCGCUUUCCAUCACCCCGCCCGCUUUCCAUCACCCCGCUCCAUUCUCCCGCUUUCCAUCACCCCGCCCAAUUCUCCCUCUUUCCAUCACCCCUCCCCAUUCUCCCUCUUUCCAUCAAACCGCCCCAUUCUCCCGCUUUCCAUCACCCUGGCCCAUUCUCCCUCUUUCCAUCACCCCGCCCCAUUCUCUCGCUUUCCAUCACCCCGCCCCAUUCUCCCUCUUUCCAUCACCCCGCCCCAUUCUCCCGCUUUCCAUCACCCGCCCCAUUCUCCCGCUUUCCAUCACCCCGCCCCAUUCUCCCUCUUUCCAUCACCCCGCUCCAUUCUCCCGCCUUCCAUCACCCCGCCCCAUUCUCCCGCUUUCCAUCACCCCGCCCCAUUCUCCCGCUUUCCAUCACCCCACCCCAUUCUCCCGAUUUGCAUCACCCCGCCCCAUUCUCCCGCCUUCCAUCACCCCGCCCCAUUCUCCCUCUUUCCAUCACCCCGCCCCAUUCUCCCGCUUUCCAUCACCCCGCCCAUUCUCCCUCUUUCCAUCACCCCGCCCCAUUCUCCCGCUUUCCAUCACACCACCUCAUUCUCCCGCUUUCCAUCACCUCGCCCUAUUUUCUCUCUUUCCAUCACCCCGCUCCAUUCUCCAGCCUUCCAUCACCCCGCCCCAUUCUCCCGCUUUCCAUCACCCCGCCCCAUUCUCCCGCUUUCCAUCACCCCACCCCAUUCUCUCUCUUUCCAUCACCUCGCCCCAUUGUCCUGCUUUCCAUCACCCCUCCCCAUUCUCCCGCUGUCCAUCACCCCGCCCCAUUCUCCCGCUUUCCAUCACCCCGCCCCAUUCUCCCGCUUUCCAUCACCCCGCCCCAUUCUCUCUCUUUCCAUCACCUCGCCCCAUUGUCCUGCUUUCCAUCACCCCUCCCCAUUCUCCCGCUGUCCAUCACCCCGCCCCAUUCUCCCGCUUUCCAUCACCCCGCCCCAUUCUCCCGCUUUCCAUCACCCUGCCGAUUCUCCCUCUUUCCAUCACCCCACCCCAUUCUCCCUCUUUCCAUCACUCCGCCCCAUUCUCCCUCUAUCCAUCACCCCGCCCAAUUCUCCCGCUUUCCACCACCCCGUCCUAUUCUCCCACUUUCCAUCACCCGCCCCAUUCUCCCGCUUUCCAUCACCCCGCCCCAUUCUCCCGCUUUCCACCACCCCGCGCCAUUCUCCCGCUUUCUAUCACCCCGCCCCAUUCUCCCUCUUUCCAUCACCCCGCCCCAUUCUCCCGCUUUCCAUCACCCCGCCCCAUUCUCCCUCUUUCCAUCACCCCACCCCAUUCUCCCGCUUUCCACCACCCCGCCCCAUUCUCCUGCUUUCCACCACCCCGCCCCAUUCUCCCGCUCUCCAUCACCCCGCCCCAUUCUCCCGCUUUCCAUCACUUCGCCCAAUUCUCUCGAUUUCCAUCACCCCGCCCCAUUCUCCCGCUUUCUAUCACCCGGCCCCAUUCUCCCGCUUUCCAUCACCCCGCCCCAUUCUCCCGCUUUCCAUCACCCCGCCCCAUUCUCCCUCUUCCCAUUACCCGCCCCAUUCUCCCGCUUUCCAUCAUCUCGCCCCAUUCUCCCGAUUUCCACCACCCCGCCCCAUUCUCCCGAUUUCCAUCACCCCGCCCCAUUCUCCCGCUUUCCAUCACUCCGCCCCAUUCUCCCGAAUGGGGCAGGGUGAUGGAAAGCGGGAGAAUGGGGCGGGGUGAUGAAAAGUUGGAGAAUGGGGCGGUGUGA